AUGGCCGACACAACCCAGAUUCCCAUGAAUGGCACCUAUCAAGCACAGCCCGCCUACCCCGAUUCAUACAAUCACGCGCACACUGCUGUCAACAGUGUUUCGAACUUCCAGCCGGCACAGUCCUCCACGCCUUCCAACGCCCCAUCUAACGACCAGAAAAAUGGUAUCUCCAAGGACGAGGUCGGGUGGUAUUUCGUUGAGCAGUACUAUACCAACAUGAGUCGUAGCCCGGAUAAGUUACACCUUUUCUACUCUCGACGAUCGCAGCUUGUAUUCGGUACAGAGGCCGAAUCCGUUCCGGUUUCCGUUGGCCAAAAGGCUAUCCAAGAGAAAAUUAAGCAGCUUGACUUUCAGGACUGCAAAGUUCGCGUAUUGAACGUCGACGCUCAGGCCUCGUUCGAGAACAUCCUCAUCUCGGUAAUUGGCGAGAUUUCCAACAAACAGGAGCCCUCUCGCAAGUUCGUGCAGACCUUUGUUUUGGCCGAGCAACCUAAUGGAUACUAUGUUCUCAAUGAUGUUUUCAGGUACUUGGCCGACGAAGAGGAGGUCGCCGAUGAGGCUGCCGUCUCGAACAACGUUGCCGAGGAGCCUGAGCUUCAGGCACCUGCCCAGACUGCCGUUGAAACUACCCCGGAGGCCGAAGACUCAAAAGUGGACAAUGAAGUUUCUGCCGCUAAAGUGGAUGAGAAGCUCGAAGGUGUCGAAGAAGCUAACGCAGAAACACCUGUCGCUGAACCCUCUCCUCAGACCAAUGGAACCGAGAAGAAUGAACCCACUGUCGAAGCUGCAGAGGAAUCUGCCACCACCGCUGAGGCCGAAUCCUUGAAACCUGAGCAGCCUGCGACUCCCGAAUCGACCCCAGCUCCCCCAGUGCAGAAGGAGGCUCAGGCUCCCGCCCAAGAGCCAGCCGCUCCCGCCAAGGCUCUUCCAAAGACUUGGGCUAACAUUGCCUCUAAGGUUGGCGCUACUGCACCUGUUGUCCCUGCCAUCCCUGCUGCCCCAGCUAAGUCCGCCGCUGCGACUGCCACUACCCCCCAGCCUGCCGCUCCGGCUCCCCUUGCUGCUGCUGCCGCCGCCUCAGCCUCAGCCCCGGCCCCGGCUCCUGUCCCUGAGAGUGUACCUAGUCAGCCAUCAUCCAACGAUGGUUCCGGCUGGCAGACUGCAGGCCAUGACCACAAGAAGUCCCAGGCCCGCUCCGGUGACAACCAAGCCGUCCUUGGCUAUAUCAAGAAUGUCACUGAAAAGGUCAAUGCGGAUUUGCUCAGAGAAACCCUCGAGCGCUUUGGAAAACUUACCCAUUUCGACGUAAGCCGUCAGAAGAACUGUGCUUUCAUCGAAUUUGCUGACCGUGCUGGCUACAACGCUGCCGUCGCUGCAAACCCUCACCAAAUUGGAUCCGAACAAGUUAAGGUCGAGGAACGCCGGCCUCGUGGGAGCAUUUACGGCGGAAAUGCCAACUAUGGCCCCGGACGUGGUGGUGCUGGCCGUGGCCGUGGCGAUCGUGCGGGCAGUCAGGGCCGUGGUGGUUUCCAGCGUGAUGGACGUGGAGGCUUCGCUCCUCGAGGUCGCGGUGGAAACGUCAAUGCCAAGGGACGCAACCAGAGCCAGACCGCUUGA